CUUUUGUGGCCAACCCGAAAACGGAAAGAUACUCACGGUGAGCGCCGAUGCUUUUCUUGGUAUCGUCGCUUGGUAUUGUCGCUUGUCGUCUUUCCCACGUGCUCUCAGAGGGAAGAGCAGUGUUGGUUAGUUGGAACGAUAGCUACAGUACUGUACCUCUACACUGAAGAGCUGGCUAGCAAGCUAUUGAUACCUUUUGGACCAUUAAACCAUAGAUUAGGCCUCUCACCCAAAACUAUUGAAAAACAGGUAUUGGGUAUCAGUUUUCUCGAGUUUCCAGAAAAGACGACACACUCAUCAUGUCUACAAGCAACAAAAUCCAUCCAAUAUAUGUGGCUUUGGAUGCCAACCAAUACAAUCGAGCCAUCAAGCUAUGUCUGGCUCUGCCCAAAGAAAACGUGCUGGCUCAAGCUUUGCUUGCCCACGCUUACAACAAGUCCAUGCAAAGGUACAAGGCACUCGUUGUGCUGCAGUCGAUUUUGGGCAAGGAUGGCUUUCAAGAGCUGCAACUGGAAUGCCAAUACUCCAAGGAAGCUUGGGACCAGCAACAGGCAGCCGCCAGUGCUCCUCCUGCUCCUACACCAGCAGCGGCUUCCAAAAAGGGAAAGAAAGGAAAAAAGAAACCAGCACCUGCUGCAGCGAAACCAGCGCCCGAUACUGCAUCCGAACUGCAAAAGUGGUCUCUGGCAGACCACUUGGAGUCGCCUCCUGCAAUUGAACAAACCUGGGAGAAAAUACCUCCAGUGGAUCAGGCCAUUACAGAUGAAACAACAUUGGGAACAUUGGUGAUUACCCUCCAGAAUCUCCGCCUGUUCUUGACGAGUUAUCAGCUAUAUUGCUGGGCUGCUGCCCGAGUCCCUGCCGACAUGUUCCUGAGAAAGGCGUACCUGCAUGGUUUGGGAGUGGUCGUCUCGCCCCAGUAUGUUGCCAUCUCCAAAGACAUUCUAGCCAAUAUGCAGGUCCUCGCACUCCAGUUGGGAAGAAUCAAUCAACAAACUACUGGCUCGGCUAGACUAGCAACGUCGUGGGUAGCACAAACCGCCUUGUGGCAACUCAAACUGAUUGAAUCAGAUGCCAACUCAACAAGUCUCGUUUCUGAUGAGGACCAGAAGAAAGAGCAGCAACGAUUAGCAUUGCUGCCAAGAUUGGCCGAAAACCUCGCCUCCAAAUGCGUCGGGGAUCCCAUGGAGGGUGAAUUAGCCAGUGCUCGGAGGGAGGUGUACUUCCUAUACCUGAGGACUCUGGAGUAUCAAUCCAAAUGGCAAGAAAUGCUCGACUUGCUCCUGAGUGAUAUCUUCAAAGCCAGCGAUGAAACAGCAGUUUUGCUGGCCCCUAAGCAACAAGUUCUCGAAAAACAGGCCGAGUGUAUGCAGAAACUAAACAAGUUCGGUGACGCGCGGCUUGUCUUUGAAGAGCUAUUGACAGACUACCCCGACAACUUCAAUUAUUGGAGAGGCCAUUUAGAAUGCACAAUGGCAGAACAUGGAGACGAUGAAAGUGGCGAGACUGCGUUCAAAAUCACCCAACAAUUCGCUAACAGCGUCAUUGAGAAAAGUCAAGGCGACAAAUACCCCAAACGAGGACCGCAUUUGGUGAAUGUAGAGAUCGCAAUUGGGCGGAUAAAACUCAUGGCCGAAAAGCAAGGGGAAGUGUCGGCUUCUUUCGUAGAAGGAGCGACCAAGGCCAUCAUGGAGUAUGGGGGCCUGUUUGAACCAAGUGUUUCUUGUGCGUUCACGGACCUGGAAUCCUACCUUGUUACAGUUUUGCGACAUGCCACUGACGAUCAGAUGGUUCCAAUACUGAAAUGGCUGCAAGAAUUGAGGGCGAUUCCAGAAUCAGAAGAUGCAGCAGAGAUACGCAGGCAACAACGGAGCUACAUUUUCUCUGUAAAGAUGACGCAUAAAAUAGUGGCAGAGCGACCAGCCCUAGCCGACGAAUGGCUGCCGGACUGGAAAGACUUGGUUCGAACAUGGAAGAAAACACACUCGAUGGAAGCACCCAUUCAGAAAGAAAGCCUCCCUGGCGAUGACCUGAUCCUUCUAGCUAUUCAGCAGGUCCUACGAGGGAACCCGGACGUCAGUGCCUUCUUUAUCGCCGCCGUUCUAGUGGAAGCUGGAGUUAAGAAUUCUCCCAGCAAUGCAACGCUCAAAAUUGCUGCUCUAGACAUUUAUUCUCGACUGAAUUCUGCCUCAAGAGCUUGGGCAAUCUACCAAGAACUACAAAUAAAGCACAUCCAGCUGGACACUUGCACGUUUUUGAUCCUUCCGAUACUCUUGUCGGGUGGAUUCUACCAGGAGAUACUGAAGGUGUCCAAAGGGCUUCUGAUGCUUCAUACCAGCGUUGUCAGGGAGGCAUGUGAAUUUAUGGGUCGAGCUAUGGACAAUGGUAUCUUGAGCAAAGCAGAUGAGUUCAUGUUCUUCCAACGUGACAAGAUGACGAAUAGCCUUUCUGCUAUGGAAGCAACGGGUUACAUUCUUGAUUCUGCACCAUUCUUUGCUCAUGAUGUCAAGGACGCCUCGCUGGGUAUAGCUCAUGGGAUAGUGGGCGGCGAGUCGGAUUUCGAAAGAGCAUGCGACAUGGUCAUUGAAGUUCGGAAUCCUUUCGGUGCUCUGAGCUUGCUGGGACGGGCACUGGUUGCAACUGCUUUUGACAGUAUAUCCGACAAUCGUGACCAGUCAAUCCUCGACUACGAGACUCUUUACCACAGACAGUUAUCGAGCAGAGAAGACAUCAUCAGCGAUUCGAUCCGACGAGGACACAGCCACAGCUUGUUGAUUCGGGCGUCGCUUUGUGUACACUACACGAAAGGGCCGAAGAAGGGCAAAAUAGUAAAACCGGGUGAAGAGCUUUCGAGAUGUUCAAGGGUUUUGAUGGCUGGAAUUGAGGCAGCGAAGGUUUUCUGCGACGAGCUUACAAAUCCAAUUCAUGCCCAUUUGAUGAAUGCGCAGCUAGAACUAUGCAGAACUCUACUGAUAGCGAACUCUGGCUUUGGUUUGGCAGAGGGAGUCGACGACAGCCUGGAGGAAAGGGAGAAGCAAUCGCUCCUUCACCUGGGCAAUGCUGUGCAGUUUGUCAAGCGGGCCACCGAUUCUACGCAGUUCCUCGAGGGCAAAGUUGAUGUGGCAGGUGUGUGUCGCCUUCUCCCUGGGAGCAUAGUGCCAGUCUUUGCCACUUUCAGAAUGUGUUCAGAAAUCCUUGAGCUUUUCGGCUGGGGUAGGCGCAAGCUGAAAACAAAGCAGGUAUCGGCAGAGUUCGCCAAGGUUGCCAUUGAGCUGUCUGUUUUGGUAAAGGCGAUGCUAGCUGCUUUUUCGAGCGACAAAGUCCCAGACGGCAUGAGCUUAUUUGAAGACCUCACUGGCAUCAUCGAGGAAAUAGUUAUCAAGCAGACCAGCGCACGAGUUGCGUUUGGUCGUCAAGAGACGCAGACUCGAGUUCGCCCUCACCUGGAGAACAUGAGCGCCUUCCUCGAUUCUUUUGAAACCGCAGCCGAUAACUAACUCUGUACCGGUACCCGUAGCUCUAGCUAGGCACCAGCGAAGAAUGCGCAGCCAUGCACGACGAAAGCAUAAGGUUUUCAGACCAACUUCUCAGCUGUAGAAAGCUAAUCCUAUGGUUAUUGGACUUUCUGUGGCACAUGUAGUAAACCUUCGUGUCAAGG